GACGAUUUACUGUAUAAUCCUUCCACGCUUUGGUCGAUGGCAAGGGACGCGUCUGUUCGCCUGUCUGACGUGAACCCUGCGAAUUGGUGACAUACGUGCUCGCCAUUACUCAAUGAUGUUGCAUGAUUCAGCGCUUUGAAUUGCACUGCUGAGUACCGCCAACGUCAAUGUGAUCUCCUGAGCGUGGUCUAGAUACAAUCUCCACCUUGCAGGGGUACAUAACACGUCAGAUUGAGAAAAAUGCGUCAGCUCGUCCUUCCCAUCGCGAUCUCCUUUGGUGUUUAUCUCUUCUUCAAUCGUCUAUACAACAUGUCCAUCCCCACUCAACAGAAAGCUCUGGUUCUCCCUGAGCCCCAUGCGCCGUUCGCCCUCCGUACUGUCGAAGUAUACAAACCGGGGGCAGGGGAAGCACUUGUUCGUGUCGAAGCGACUGCGCUCAACCCGCUCGACUGGAAGAUCCAGAAGUGGAACUUCUUCAUAAAGGAGUACCCUGCUGUCAUCGGUACUGAUAUCGCUGGAACCGUAGUUCAACUUGGGGAAGGCGUCACGAAUGUUGCUGUUGGCGAUAAAAUCGUGUUCCAGGGUUUCUUCGAUAAUCGUCUUACUUCUUUCCAGCAGUACACGAUUGCGAAGACAGACAUAGUCGCUAAGAUCCCACCAAACACGAGCUUUGAGCAAGCAGCAACUAUUCCUGUUGCCGCCGGUGCCGCUUUCGUUGGGUUGUAUGGUCCCAAGCAGGAGUCAGGUGGUGCUAACCUUACUCCUCCCUGGGUCGAGGGUGGUCGUGGCAAAUAUGCCGACCAGCCCAUCGUCAUCUUUGGUGGCUCGUCUUCCGUGGGCCAAUACGUUAUACAACUUGCCAAACUCUCUGGAUUCUCUCCCAUCAUCACCACUGUGUCUCUCCGCAAGUCCGACCAUGCCAAAUCACUCGGUGCUACGCACACCAUUGAUCGCACCCUCUCUUCCUCGGAUAUCGUUGCGGAAGUCAAGAAGAUCACAUCUAAGCCUGUUCAAAUAGUGUAUGAUCCCAUCGCAGAAGAAGACACUCAAAACACCGCAUACGAUAUUCUCGCACCUGGCGGCACACUAGUGCUUACCCUUGCACCAAAAAUAGCAAAGGGAAAGAUCAGCAAAGAUAAAACCAUCAUUGACACCCUUGGUAACGCCCAUGUUGAGCACAACCACGCUCUUGCAAUUGGGUUCUACGGUCAUUUGACUGAGUAUCUUGCGUCCGGUGCGCUUAAGCCGAAUGACGUCGAGCUUCUGCCGGGAGGUCUUGAGGCGAUCCCAAAAGGGCUCGAAAGGCUCAAGAGCGGCGCAGUCCACGCCAAGAAGCUAGUCGUCCGCCCGACUGAGACUGCAUGAUUGGAAAGGUUGAAACAGAAUCGUCGUGUAUCCUGUAUUAGUAUCAGCAACCGAACACCGGAUCUCUGAACAAAGUAAUAAAUUUAGAACUGGAGAGAAAGCGUAGCUGGAUCUAAACCGGUGCAAACUAGAACCUCGUAUUUCAUACGCAGGAUAUGAAGCGUUCAGGAGACUAAGAGCAUUGCAGAGGAGAAGUAAGAUGGAUCGGGCGUUGCGUUCAGCGGUGGCAGAUUUGAAGCACGCAGAGAGGCACAAAUAUCAAUUUUUUGUGAGAGGUACCGGGUAACGUACUUAUCAAUGUAAAACCCAAUGUUUGCUGCUCACGGCUAGCACAGUUCGCUAAUUAUUCUUCUGGGAACUGACACUGUGGUAGAGUGCACACUAGCGUGG